AUGACCACCAACACCUCAACCAGCACCACCAACACCACCAGCACCACCAGCACCACCACCACGACCAGCAGCAGCACCACCAGAAGGAGCACCACGACCAGCACCAGCAGCGACACCAGCACCACUUGCACCAGCAUCCCCACCACCAGCACCAGCACCACCAGCACCAGCACCAGCAUCCCCAGCACCACCAAGAGCAACAGCAGCAGCACCAGCACCUCAACCAGCACCACCAACACCAUCAGCACCACCGGCACCACCACCAGCAGCACCAUGAAUGGCACCACCAGCAGCAGCGCCACCAGCAGGAGCACCACCAGCAGCGCCAGCAGCACCAGCAGCACCACCGGCACCACUAGCACCAGCAGCAAAACCAGCACCAGCACCACCAUCAGCACCACCACCACCAGCACAACCACCACCAGCACCACCAGCAGCAGCACCAUAACAAUCUCCAGCACCACCACCAGCACCACCAGCAGCAGCAAAACCAGCACCAGCACCACCACCAGCACCAGCACCACCAGCAAACGCAGCACCACCACCAGCACCACCAGCACCACCCACCACUCGCACCACAAUGACCUGCACCACCACCAGCAGCACCACCAGCGCCUCUACAGCACUACCAGCUGCAGGAGCACCAGCAGCAGCAGCAGCAGCCCCACCAGCACCACUAGCACUAGCAUCCCUAGCACCAGAACCAGCACCACCACUAGCACCACCACCAGCACCAGCAGCACCACCAGCACCACCAGCACCACCACCAGCAGCACCACGACCUGCACCACCAGCACCAGUACCACCACCAGCACCACCACCAGCACGACCACCGCCAGCACCUCGACCAGCACCACCAACACCACUAGCACGACCAGCAGGAGCAUCACCACCAGAACCAGCAGCACCACAAGCACCACUUGCACCAGCAUCCCCAGCACCAGCACCACCACCAGCACCACCAUCACCAGCACCACCACCACCAGCACCACCAGCAGCAGUACCACGACCAGCACCAGCAUCACCACCAGCACCACCAGCAUCACCACCAGCAGCCAAACAACCUGAACAACCAGCAUCACCACCACCAGCAGGAGCACCACCACCAGCACCAGCAGCACCACCAGCACCACCAGCACCACCAGCACCACAACCACAAGCACCACCACCACCAGCACUAGCACUACCAGCACCUCCACCAGCACCUCCACCAGCACCACCAUUACCACCACCAACACCACUACCACCAGCACCACUGUCACCAUCAGCAGCACCACCAGCACCACCAUUACAACCACCAGCACCAACCCCACCAGCACAAGCACCACCAGCACCACCACCCCCAGCAGCACCACCACCAGCAGCACAACCACCAGCAGCAGCACUACCACCACCAGCACCAGCACCACCAGCAGCACCACCACCACCAGCAGCACUACCACCACCACCAGCUGCGGCAACACCACCACCAGCACCACCAUUCUCACCACCAGCACCCCCACCACCAGCACCAACACGACCAGCACCACCACCACCAGCAGCACCACCACCAGCAGCAGCACUACCACCACCACCAGCAACACCACCACCACCAGCAGCACCACCAACAUCACCACCACCACCAGCACCACCACCACCAGCACAACUACAAGCAUCACCACCACCAGCACUGCCACCACCAGCAGCACCACCAGCAGCACCACCAGCACUACCAGCACCACCAACACAAUGACCAGCACCACCAACAGCAACACUACCAGCACCAGCACCACCACAAACACCACCAGCACCACCACCAGCACCACCAUCAGCGGCACCAGCACCAUCACAACCAGCUGCACCUGCAGCACCAACACACCAGCAACACCAAGAUCAGCAGCAUCAACUCCACCAGCAGACCACCAGAACCACCAGCAACGGCGCCACCAGCACCACUACCACUAG